AUGAACACAACCAUCGAACCCUACAAUCCGGACUGGCCGGCCCACUUCUCGCAGAUCCGAAACAACCUCGCCGCUCACCUCCAGCACAUCCCAGGAACCGCAUACUCGCACAUAGGCAGCACAUCCAUCCACGGACUACCCGCACAACCCACCAUCGACAUCUUGCUCACCGUCCCGCCCGCAGACGUAGACAAAGUCAGCGCCGCACUCACCUCGAGCGGGGCGUACCGCGUCAAAGGAGGACCACACGGCACUGUACUCUGCGCACGCGGCGCAACUCACCAACACGCGCACACCGUGUAUGCGUGCGCGGUCUACUCCCUCGCUGCACGCAUCCACACGGCUAUCCGGGACACGCUUCGCAGCGACAUCGAGCUGCGUGACGAAUACGCCGCGCGCAGGGUCGCCACUCUGAGCGCUGCAAAAGGCGCCGCCUUUGAACUCGAAGAUGAAGAUCGUCCUGCGUAUGUGCGGGCGAAAAAUGACGCACUGCAGGAACGCGUCAUGGCUACUGCGCAUUUCACGUCCGAGGAACUACCUGCCGUUUUCGGUUCGGGGCAAACGGCGCGCUGGGAUCAGAUACGCACGCCGCGGCUGCUGCUCCGGGAGUCUGAGAUGAGCGAUGUGGAGGGUAUGUUUGCGCUUGAGGGCAGUGAGGAGAAUGCGCGGUAUCAGGACUGGGCUCCGUGGACGCAUUCUCAAGCGCGGCAGAACGUUUUACGUGGCCUGCGGGAGAGUUACUCUGGGGACAGGAGGGUUGUGGAACUCGCUGUCGUCCACAAGGGGGUGUUUGUGGGGCGUGUCGGCGGGCGCGUGACGGCUCCGUCUUCCCUGGUCGAUGGACUGGAGCACGCGAAUGGUGCAGAAGCGACUCGUACAGAAGCACCUGAGACGUCAACCCCAAAGCACGUCGAUCUGUGGUUCUCGCUGCUCCGCACCAGCCAGGGCUACGGCCUAGCAACCGAGGCCAUGACAGCCUUUAUCAGCACGCUCGUCGCACGAGAGAAGGUAGACAACGCCCCGCUGGAGCUGGAAAUCGAGUGCGAUCCACGCAACACGGGCUCGCGGAAGCUCGCAGCGCGCCUCGCCUUCUCGCAGCACAGUCUAACGCGGCGCGCGUGGGAGAGCAAGGGCGAGUGGGUGGACAGUCUCGUGUGUCGGAAGAUGAUAGAUUAA